GACGCCGAGUGAUCUGAAUUAAACCCGAGCGGAGCAACGUGCGGUCAGACAGAAAGGUGGGCGGAGUCAAGCUGCCACAGCCAAUCAGCGCGGAGCUUUUCUUCCCUGGUGAAUGGCUUCGGUGUUACAGUCUAAAAGAGGACCUCCGAACGGCUCCUACACAUUCUCCAGCCGCCCCCACGUCGCUCCGAGCCGCCUGAGACACGCCGAUCCCGCCAUGAUGGAAAAUGAAGGACGAGCAAUCUACGGAAACAUCAUGUAUGAUCGACGUGUCGUUAGAGGGAAUACCUAUGCACAGCACAUCCUACCAGUCACGUCUCAGCCUGACCCAGUUGAGAUCCAACGGCAACAAGAAGCACUGCGACGAGUCACAGCAAAAAAGAGAGCAAAAGACAAGUUCCAGACAAGAAGUCCAGUCCCACUGGAGGGGAGAAAGCACAUAGAUGUUCAAACUGAAUUAUACUUGGAGGAUCUGAGUGAUCAUAUUGAGGAGACGAGUGUGGAAUGCCAGACAGAUGCAUUUCUGGACAAGCCAGCCACGCCCCUGUUUAUUCCUGCCAAAUCUGGCAAAGAUGCAGCGACACAGAUAGAAGAAGGAGAGCUGUUCGACUUUGAUCUGGAGGUGCAGCCAGUGUUGGAGGUAUUGGUGGGAAAGACCAUAGAGCAGGCUUUACUGGAAGUACUGGAGGAGGAAGAGCUGGCUAGGUUGAGGGCUCAACAGCGAGCUUUCCAGGAGUUGCGUAAUGCCGAGUUGGUUGAAAUUCAACGACUGGAGGAGCAGGAGAGACGCCACAAUGAGGAGAAGGCUCGGAGAAUUAAGCAGCAAAGGUCGGUCUUGAAGAUGGAAAGAGAAACAGCGGAGAAAAUCGCGGCUAGGACGUUCACUCAGCACUAUCUAGCUGACCUGCUUCCCUCAGUCUAUGCAAAACUGAGAGAUCAUGGAUACUUUUAUGAUCCAGUGCUAAGAGAUAUAGAGACUGGAUUCCUUCCUUGGCUGAUGGCGGAAGUCAACAAUACUUUGGAAAAACACCAGGUUGCACGCAUAGUGCUUGACAUGCUCAUCCGAGACGUGACCAACCACAGACAGGACGUCUUUCAGACUGUCACCUCCCAGUGAUGGGUUCUUCACUUGGUGGAGUCCCACUGUACUCCUGUGUUUCCUUAAUAUGAAAAAAAGAAGUUAAAAUACAACAUCUCACUAUAUUAAACAAGUAUUUAAUUUUUCACUAUCAUUGAAUCUUUACAUUCAAAAAUCUCUUCAAAAUGCAAAAUAAAAUAAAAAAUCUGGGAAAUAUGAA